UCUUCAAAGCUUGGCUUCAGUGAUUCCUGCUGUUGUUUCUUCCCAGCGAUAGCGAUGCUGGUUUUGAUAGUAGGAAUCGGUGUUCAGUGCUAUACGGUUGUGUGAGUGACAUAAUACCGGCGUAUGUUUAUGUUGUGCCAUAUGAUGAAUAGAAAAUGACAUCGACGACUACAAUAAGAAAAUCCUACGGGAGCAGAAAGAUCUUUACCUUUCCUGAAGAUUAUUCCCUUCGAUCCCCUAAACAAAGACCAAGUUCGGCAAAUCUUCCCAGGAAGAAUGAAGAAGCCGCCAAAUUAAUUAAAUACAUUGAUGACAACAUCAUCGGCAAAAACAACGCCUUUUUGGGACCAUUCGGGCGCAGAAAAGCUGUUUAUUGCGAUUAUGCGGCCUCCGGGAGAUCCCUUCAAUUCAUCGAAGAAUAUAUCACACGGGAGGUUCUUCCGAGUUAUGGAAAUACCCAUUCGACUACAUCCAUUACGUCUCUUCAGUCCACCAAUUUUAGACAAGAAGCCCGCGAUAUAAUUAAAAACGCAUCGAAUGCUUCUGACUCCGAUGCGGUUAUUUUCACCGGUCACGGUUGCACGGAUGCCCUCCAAAAAUUAAUUAGUGCUUUGGAUCUCCGGGAAGCCCCAAUCGUGUUCACUGGCUCAAGCGAACACCACGACAACAUCCACUUGUGGCAAGAAAUCGGGGCAAAGAUGAUUCGGAUCGCGGAGACCAAAGAGGGGUUCCUGGACCUGGUCGAUUUGGAAAACCAGCUGCGGUUCCACCAGAACUACGGCCGCCAGAUGAUUGGGUGCUUUUCAGUGGCUUCCAAUGUGACAGGGAUUGUUAUUGACGAUGUGGCGUGCACUAUUUUGCUGCACCAGUACCAAGCGCUCGCCUUCUGGGACUACAACAUUGCGGCCCCGUCGAUCAACAUCGACAUGAAUCCGGUGGUUCCCGGAGUUGAGGAGAACUCGGCGAAUAAGGACGCGAUUUAUUUCUCCGGACACAAGUUUGUCGGUGGUGUUCAAACUCCCGGAAUACUUAUUGCCAAAAAAACUAUUUUUAGACGGCUAAAUUCGUGCGAAACAGACGGCUUCUUCACGUCACAGGAAUACAAUAAAAGUUUCGAGAUGCAAGAGGAAGGGAGUUGUGCAGCUGUGGUCGAAUCAAUCCGAGCUGGACUUGUCAUGCAAUUGAAAGACACCGUCACAGUUGCCAACAUUGUGCAAAGACAAGAGAAGAUUAACAAACAAAUGCUACAACACAUUCGGACCAUUCCGGAGAUCAUUCUCCUCGGGAACACUUCACCGAACUUGCGCAGAAUUCCAGUUUUUAGUUUCAUGGUGCGACACCCCAGAGGCACUUUCCUGCACCAUAACUUCGUCGCCGCCGUCCUCAACGACGUGUUCGGGAUUCAAGCCCGAGCCGGAUGUCCUUGCUCAGGAGUCUACGCCCAGGAUUUACUAGGAAUUGACCCGUGUCUUGCCGAUCAGUACGAAAACAUAAUCCUGGAAGACCGCAGACUCAGUAGUUUGGAUCUGGGAGUCGAUAACUCAAACUUGGAGUUACUCAGACCGGGGUUCACCCGAAUCAGUCUUCCCUACUUUAUCACGGACGCAGAACUGGCUUUUAUAAUGGAAGCUGUGAAAAUGGUAGCGACGGAGGGCUGGAAGUUGCUGCCACAAUACGUCGUAGAGCUUGAAAGUGGUCAAUGGCGCCACCACACAAACGCAAUGCUAAAAGACCGGAAAUGGCUAUCGUCAAUACGAUACGUUGACGGUAAAAUGACAAUGAACGAAAGACGGGUGUCCGGACCCGGCCUCUUCCCCCAAAGCUACCAAGAGUGUUUACAAACUGCCAGAAAUUUAUUCAACCGAGCUCGCAAAACUGCCAAUCGUACUCCUUACACCGACCAAGGGAUUAGCUUCGACUCAAGAGGCGAGAAACUCCGCUGGUUUAUGUUACAACACGAAGCGCAAAAUAUCCUUACAAGCAACGCACAAAAUAUCAAACAGAAAGUCCCUUUCGACCCUGUGACCUACUCGGGCUCCAAGCGGAGCGAAAAUAGCGACAAAACCCCCACCCCUCAUCCCGUCUCAAAUUCGGGUUCGCCCCGCCAUUUCAGUCUACCCUCCAUUGACGAUCCAAGAAUCCUCACGUGUUCAUCCCCUGUUCCCUACUUUUUGCAAGACGUAAACGGGCUGUACUACCCCCAGACGGUGAACUUCGCCGUUGGGGAGACGGUCAAUUCGGCCAACUUGAACCACCUGCAAAACUUUGCAAGGGAGAGGUGUUUGAGUUUAGGCGCCCCUAACAUCUCGCCACCUGUUUUGAGUCCCCAGACGCGGGCCAGUUUGGGAAUGAGGCAUUUUCGGCAAAGGAACUUCAGUUAUAGUAGUCAGAACGAGUUACAUUCUUUGGAAUCGGAAAAUAACGUUUCGCCAACUCACAGUUUGAACGUCCUUUCCACUGGUAGCUAUGAGGUUGGUCGAGCGUCUCCGGCCCCCGAUAUCCAGACUUAUGUGACCGAGAUGACGAAGGAACUAGCCACUAAUAUCAAGUCGGAGAUCCGGGAAGUGAUUUCCCGGGUCGAAGACGUGCUGGAAAACACUGACAGUAUUGUUUGUUACGAAAGACACGGGAGUGGGAGCGAAGAUGGGCGAAGCGACUCAAUCUCCGCCAAUGAAGUGGCUGAGUAUAUCGAAAAGGUCUCGAUUGAGAUGGCUAAUGAAGUCAAGUCGGAAAUAAGGGACGUUGUUAGUGCCGUUGAUGUGUUCAUCACGCCUGAUUGUCCCGAGAAGUAUUCCCGAACGUCCAGUGAGGAAAAAACCGACUUGAGGGAGGUUUACACUCCCGGGUCGAGUAGCGAAACCGUCAUCCACUUAAUCAGUGCCAAUCUGAGUGACGAGGAAACCCAGCCGGAGAAGACUUACAAGAACAAGAUUCUAACCUCGACUGUGGCGAGUGUUAGUUCGCAAGACAGCGGUAUUAACUUAUCAUUCCACGAGCAAGAGUACUUAAGUAACGAAUUCGCCAAAACGCGGAGCAACUCUGAAUCGCUGGCGCGCAAGUCGGAGAGCGAAGUCAAGUUUUCGACUUUGCAAAAACAGAAACAGAAAUAUAUCAGAACGACGAGCGAUAGCGGCGCUUUGGAAGCCGCCUCGAAAUGGAUGUGUUCACCUAAAAGUAUUUGGCAACCGACGAUGGAAGCCAUCCAAGAGUUCGAAAUGAUCAAAGAUGGGGACAACGUCAUGGUUUGUUUAUCAGGGGGGAAGGAUUCGCUCAGUUUGCUACACACCCUUUUGCAAUUCCAAAACUAUGCGCAAAAUAAGGGGAUUUUGUUCAGUUUGGGGGCCGUGACGGUCGACCCGGACACGUCAGGGUGCGACCCUUGUAUUCUCAUUCCGCAUUUGAGGAGUCUAGGUGUUCAUUAUAUAAUUGACGAUAAGAAGAGCGAUCCGGGGGAUGAAUCAGAACAACGAGAAGAGGCCAAAGAGAAUCUUUAUAGCUUUUGUACGUCGAGCGUUCGGCGACGUUUAUAUUCCGCGGCCAAAAGUUCGGGGUAUAACGUCUUGGCCAUCGGCCAACACUUGGAUGAUCUCUGCGAAAACUUCUUCCUCUCGGUGUUUCACACGGGGAGGUUGCGCACGAUGAGGGCUCACUAUUACAUUAAGGAUCACAAGCUUCGCGUUAUUAGGCCAUUUGUUUACGUUCGUGAAAAAUAUUUACGCCAGUUUGUCAGUAACCAGAAUUUGCCGGUCUCUGCCAAUGUUUGUGGUCCAGAUUUGACCAAAGAGCGGCAAAGGAUUAAGCAAGUGUUGACGCAGCAGGAAAUUCUGUUUCCGAAACUGUUCACGAGUCUGCGGUCGGCCUUGCAUCCACUGAUUGGCUUCCAGAUUAAAGAGUGUGAGGUGAAGUAUCGCCGCAGAUUGAAGUCGAAGGAAAAUGAAGAUUGCUCGGAGAAUGAGACUGAUGAGGAACCGGUCGUGUCGGGGGACUCGAACUGCUAAGUGUUUGAAUGAAGAGUUCAUAUCAAGAAUUGAGUCGAGACUCGAAUUUUUGAUUUUAAAUUACUUUUGUACAAAUUUUGUGAUUGUCGCGGUCUCAGAAAUUCAUCUCAAGGCGAGACCUUAUUAUUUUCCAAUAAUUGGAACAGAAUGAUAUUAUCGACUGAGUUACUUUUUAUAUAUUGUAUUUAAUUUCUACUUAACGUGUUGAUUGCAUUUUUAGUUAAGUCCAGUGUUUACGUGGUAUCGAUUGUGCAGUUUCUGUAGGGAGUGUGAUUUUCAAAGUAUAUAAUUGUUGCAUUCGGAUUUAAGAUAUUUAAUAAUGUUAACAUGAGUGAAAUGUAUUUUAUUUCCUAAAAACUGUAAUAAAAACAUUAAAUUUAA